UAUUCCACAAGGGAAACACAAAAGGCUCUCACAAUGUCCUCAUAUCGAUUACCAUCCGUAAGGGAACAAUCAUUGGCAAAUUCCCAUGAAACACCUCUAGCUCAAAAGUUAUCGACCGAUCCCAUAACUAGCCGAACUGCCCAAAGCACCGCGAUCAGCGUUCACCAGACCGCGAUAGGAGGUUAUUGGAGAAAUGUCACGAUCAUUUGGUCUAAGAACCUCACGAGCCAUUCACUUGGUGUAGUCAUCGAUAGUGUUGAGACGGGCAAUGAACAAUGUUCUUGUAAAAUUGACCUCAAGCCGUGGCAAUUUUGGAGCAAAAAAGGAUACAAAAUGUUCGAGGUUGAUGGAAACCAAAUCGAGGUUUAUUGGGAUCUACGAUCGGCUAAAUUCUCUGGCAGCCCCGAGCCGAUGUCUAACUUCUACGUUGCAUUAGUUUGCGACGAUGAAAUGGUUCUACUUUUGGGCGAUUACGAGAAGAAGGCAUACAAGAGAACAAGGUCGAGGAAUCCCUUGGUUGAACCAAUGUCGUUCUAUAAGAAGGAACAUGUUUUUAGUAAGAAGAGUUUUUCAUCGAGAGCGAGGUUUGAUGGAAGAAAGGAAGAUCAUGAAAUCGUGGUUGAGAUAUCGAGUUCAGGGCAUAAUAAGGAUCCCGAGAUGUGGAUAAGCAUUGAUGGGAUUAUCUUGAUGCAUUUAAAGAACUUGCAAUGGAAGUUUAGAGGAAAUGAAACACUUGUGGUGAACAAUUUCCCUAUACAAGUAUUUUGGGAUGUGUAUGCAUGGCUAUUUAGCAAUCCUGGAACCGGUUAUGGUUUGUUUAUCUUUAAACCGGGUUCAUCGGAAAUAGAUAAUGGAGAUCAUGAAGAGAGUAGUCGGGGAGAAGACAGUGAUUGUAGCAGUGGGGAUAGCAAUUAUUUCUCCACACAUAGCUCUUCAAAAGUAUCUCAAUUUUGCCUUUUUUUGUAUGCAUGGAAAGUUGAAUAAUAAUUAUAAUAAUGUG